AUGGACGAUCUUGACAGGGUUAGGGACCACGGAGGGGAAGGGGACACAGUGAGGAAGCAUAUUUGGUCUGGCUCAUUGGAGAAGAUAGGGCGUGGGAGAGGAAGACCAAAGAAAAAGGCAUCAAAGCCAAUGGCUCAUUCUGUGGAGGAAGAAUCAGGGGAAGCAGAUGUUGAGCCGAUUAUGAAAAAGGAUAAGAAAUUGUGGGUUGAUAUGAUUAGUGGUAACCUCAUCCCUGCAAAUGGCCUUGUUCUAGGUUACUCGGUUCCCUUGAUGGUGGAAGGUAAACCAGUUGUUGUUAUUGCUAAUGAAGAUGACGAGAAGGAAUUGAUGUAUUAG